AUGACUACCCCCCACCCCGCCAUUUCAUUUCUUCCCAAUGUCCUCCCCCAACUAUUUUUUUUCUUUCCAAUGCCCCCAGCAUGCACUUCAGCUCUUCCUUUUUACUCAUCCCUUUUGUCUUCCUUUUCUAAUCUCUUUUUUUCUAUAAAAAGUUUGACGACUCCCCCACUCCCUACCUACCUCUUUUCUUUUCGGCUCUAUUUUUCUUUUCUUUUUCGUCUUUCACCUCUCUCUCUCUCUCAGAACUAUCAUACUAAUUCUCCCAACUCCCGAGUCACACUUAAAUUCCUUAAUGACAGCAUCGAACUUUUAAAAAGAAAAAUAAUCCCCAACCCCGGCACUAAUUUCUCCGAGCCACCUUCCACCGACACCUCAUCUGGAAAAAACAAAAUCUUCCUUCUAUCUAUCAACCAAGCCCAGGGAUUGUGGGAAGAACAGAACCUGAGAAGGCUAGGGAGGAACAGAAGUAACAACGGGCAGUGGGGAGAGGCACAGCCUCCACAGCCCCUCCCUAUCUUUGCACCUAUACCUCCCUCCGCCCAAGAGAAUUCCCCACACCCACUUAACUCUUGUUCUCUUUUCACUGAUCAUAUUUAG